CUCGGAUUUUUUCAUUGUUUAUUGUUAUUUUUUUUUCCUUGAGAUUUGGUGGGAAAGAGAGAAAGAAGCAAAUCCAAAAAAAAAAAGUGAAGAAAAAAGUGCUAAUUUUAGCUACUAUUCCCUGAAGACCGGGCACGCCUGUUUUGAAACUAUAAAAAGAUCAUUUUUUUCCAAUUUUUUUCGGGGUAUUUUUUCUUUGAUUUCAGCUCUAGGAACAAAUUUUGAUCUUGAGAUCUCUUGUGGAUCGAGUUGUUCCUCUCUUGCUCCAUCUGGCUAGAAGGUUGAUUUAAUUAGAGAAGCAAAACUUCUUCUGUUCAUGGGGGAAGAAGCACCUGAAUAUCUUCUUGACAACCUUGAUGAAUUUUCGUUAUUGAAAGGGAAUCAAACAUCAAACAUAGUUGGCAAAAAGAUUUAUGUAGUUGGAGGAUGUGAGGACGGGGAAGAUAAUUCGUUUAGCAUCAAAAUUUUUGAUAGGUCAACAAGUGAAUGGUUAAUUCCUACCGUGUUGGGUGUGAAACCGACUCCAUGUAAACUUCACUCAGCUGUUCCAGUGAACGAAGACCGAAUUUUGGUUCUGAAGAGCAACACUGCCACAGAUGACUGCUUGUGGUUUCUUGAGGUGGACACCCGAUUUGUUAAAGAACAGAAAAAAAUUCUUGGCACUGAGGUUGUUGCUUGGAGCAAGGGGGUCCAAGGCACUGGCCCAAAACCAGUGGUGAUCAGUGGCCCCUCUGGAGUUGGUAAAGGCACAUUAAUUUCAAAACUAAUGAAGGAAUUUCCAUCAACUUUUGGCUUUUCCGUUAGUCACACAACUCGAGCACCAAGAGAGAAGGAAGUGCAUGGGGUUCAUUAUUACUUCACGGAACGGAGCAAAAUGGAGAAUGAUAUCAGAGAAGGAAAAUUCCUUGAAUCUGCAUCAGUCCAUGGAAAUCUUUAUGGAACUAGCAUUGAAGCGGUUGAGGCAGUUACUGAUUCCGGAAAGCGAUGCAUUCUUGAUAUUGAUGUUCAAGGUGCUAGGUCUGUGAGAGCCAGUUCUCUUGAAGCUAUAUUCAUUUUUAUUUGUCCCCCAUCAUUCGAGGAGCUUGAGAAGCGCCUCCGUGCACGGGGAACAGAGACUGAAGAACAAGUUCAAAAGAGACUUAGAAAUGCAAGAGUUGAACUUGACCAAGGAAAAUCAGCAGGCCUCUUUGAUCACGUAUUGGUGAACGAUGAUCUUGAAAGAUGCUGUGAAGAACUUAAGAAAAUUCUUUCAUUGGACUCUGAUGCUGAUCCUGUGGCUUAUCCAACUACGGAGGAUACUAGAAUUACUGACUUCCAUGCUGUAUCGGCAAGAGACCAAAUGAUUUUGAUACACUGUGGUUCUGAACAAGGAAUGCCACCAACAAUAUACGAGCUCGAUGUAUCAUCGCUUAAGGGUGGGGCUCCCGGGCGGACGAGGGGAUUGAAUAUGCACCCCAUCAACUUGCCGACGACGGAUGUUCUCAGUGGGAUCGAUAUGGAUUGAAUUGAGAAACCUCAUUUACACUGAUUCUUAUCAUCAUUUUAACUGUUGUAGGACUCAGAGAUGGCAUACGAUUUUAUAUGAACUCUGAUGGAUCUGUUUGCUAAAAUUAUAUGUACCACUGUGACAUUGUUGGAAAAUGAGAAUUUCAGUUCCUCAAUAAAAUUGUGAUGUCUUAUCUUUCAGAAA